CUACAUUUCCCAAAGAGUCUUGCGGUCACGCUGACGCGCGCGUGCGCCAUAACACCCCUCUCGCUUCCCACCUGGGUUUGACCUACAGCUGCCCGGGACAAGAUGGCCGCACCAGCAGCGUCCGGGUUAUACCGGCAGGUGCGAUGCUUCAGUACAUCUGUGGUCAGGCCAUUUGCCAAGCUUGUGAGGCCACCCAUCCAGGUGUACGGCAUUGAAGGUCGCUAUGCCACAGCUCUGUAUUCCGCCGCAUCGAAGCAGAAUAAACUGGAUCAAGUGGAAAAGGAGUUGCUGAGAGUGGGACAACUCCUGAAGGACCCCAAGGUGGCCCUGUCUGUCCUCAAUCCCUAUGUGAAGCGUUCCAUUAAAGUGAAGAGCCUGAAGGACCUCACCACAAAGGAGAGGCUCUCCCCGCUCACAUCCAACUUGAUGAAUUUGCUUGCUGAAAACGGUCGCCUAGAAAAUACCCAGGGCGUCAUUUCCGCCUUUUCCACCAUCAUGAGUGUGCACCGGGGAGAGGUGCCCUGCACAGUGACCACCGCAUCCCCUUUAGACCAAGCUGUUCUCUCUGAAUUAACAGCAGUCCUGAAGAGCUUCCUAGGACAGGGCCAAGUGCUGAAGCUGGAGGUGAAGACUGAUCCCUCAAUCAUGGGUGGGAUGAUUGUCCGCAUUGGGGAGAAAUACGUCGACAUGUCUGCAAAGAGCAAGAUUCAGAAGCUGAGCAAGGCCAUGCGGGAGGUGAUCUGAAUGUGUUGGCUUUCUGUCAUCAGUGGGAAUUCUUAACCUUGGAGCUCCAGUAAAAUGCUUCCUGAGUA